AAGAAGAAAAUUUUUGAAAGAAGAAAACUCCAUUUUGUUACUCCAUAGAUAAAAAGCUAAAGCAAGAGAGUAGCAGCCAAAACGCAAAAAAUGCCCUCAAAACCCAAACCAUCUCAGCCUCUGCCUCUCUCCCUCUCAAUCCCAAUCUCAGACCACGACGACGACGAUGAUUUCCAAACCCCUAUCUCACAACAAAGACCUUCAACUUCCAAAAAAUCCUUAAAGUCCUCUAAUAACUGCAACCGGCCGCCGAAAAGAUCCAAACAGUCGGCAAACCCCGGAAAAGAGAAUGUGGAACCCACCUGCUCCUUGCAGAAUGAGAAAACCACGUCGCCGUCUGAUGAAGUUUGUAGCUUGGAUUUGAUAGAGUCAAGCAUCGAUUGCAGCUAUAGAAGCGUUCAUGGGGAUGGUGAUAAUGAUGUGGAUUUCGUGAAAGAAGAGGGAUUGGAGGUGAAAAAGAAGGGGUAUUUGUGUAAUUCUAUUGAAUCUAAGUUAAUCAGGUCAGGAGUAUCUGAUUCUGUUGGUGAUGAAUUUGGGGAUUUUGAGGAAGACAGUGACCUGGAUUUGUUAAUCAAGUUAUGCACUGAUGAAAUGAAUCAGGUACCCAGCGGUGUGGCUGACGGAGAUUGUUUAGUUCAGUGCCCACUUUGCGGGAUUGAUAUUUCGAAUUUGAGCGAGGAAUCUAGAUUGGUUCAUACUAAUGAUUGUCUUGAUAAACAGGAUAAUCAUCUCCAAGAAGUUACUUGUGGUAGCAAUGAUGAGGGAACACACUUUGCACCACAAGUCGUUGGUGACUCUGGGCAUAAAGUUGUUGAUGUUUCCCCUGUACUUCAGUGGCUAAGAAAUUUAGGUUUAGAAAGAUAUGGGGAUGCUUUUAUUCGAGAAGAGAUUGAUUGGGAUUCUUUAAAGUGGCUAACUGAAGAGGAUCUCUUUAGCAUAGGGGUUACCGCACUUGGCCCCAGGAAGAAGAUUGUGCAUGCUCUCGCUGAACUUAGAAAAGGGUGUAAUCUAGUGGAUGAGACUCACAGGGAUCCAAAUGCUUCUGCUGAUGUUGGGUCGUUGAGUACCCAUGCAGCAGAGAUGCAAAUGGAGGCUUCCAAAGUUAGUGGUGAUGAAACUAGUAAACAAACUGCAAACAAGUUGAUAACAGAUUAUUUUCCAGGUUCUGUUUCUGUUACUGUAAGGGAGAAAGGUUGCAGCAUUGCUAAAGAAAAGCGGGGACCAGCAAAGAAUCGCCCAGAUUCUGUUCAUAAACGAAUGGCAAAAAACCACCCUGUAAAAAACGGAAAACUGAAAGAUAUUCCCUUAUGGUGCUCUAUACCAGGAACACCAUUUCGAGUGGAUGCAUUCAAAUAUCUUAGAGGAGAUUGUUCCCAUUGGUUUCUUACGCACUUCCACAUGGAUCAUUAUCAAGGGUUAACGAGGUCCUUUUGUCAUGGGAAGAUCUAUUGCUCCUUAAUCACUGCAAGACUUGUAAAUAUGAAGAUUGGGAUCCCCUGGGACAGAUUACAAGUUUUACCUCUCAACAAAAAGAUCAGUAUUGCUGGCGUUGAUGUGACAUGCUUGGAUGCAAACCACUGUCCGGGUUCCAUCAUAGUACUCUUUGAACCUCCCAAUGGUAAGGUGGUUCUACACACGGGAGAUUUUCGCUUUUGUGAGAACAUGGCAAGCAUGACUGCUUUACAAAUGUGUCGUAUCCAUACUCUCAUUCUUGACACAACAUACUGUAAUCCCCAGUAUGACUUUCCAAAGCAGGAGGCUGUAAUACAGUUUGUCAUUGAGGCUAUUCAAGCUGAAUCUUUCAACCCCAAAACUCUUUUUCUAAUAGGAAGCUACACAAUUGGAAAGGAAAGGCUGUUCUUGGAGGUUGCUCGUGUACUCCGUAGGAAGGUUUAUGUUACUGCCGCAAAAUUCCGUCUUUUGGAGAGCUUAGGCUUCUCCAAAGAAGCUAUGCAGUGGUUCACGCUGAAUGAACACGAAAGCCAAAUUCAUGUGGUCCCUAUGUGGACACUUGCAAGUUUUAAGAGACUGAAACACAUAUCCAAUCAAUAUGCGAGCCGCUUCAGUCCGAUAGUUUCCUUCUCUCCGACUGGGUGGACAUUCGGUAAGGGGAAAAAGAAGUCACCAGGAAGAAGGUGGCAGCAAGGAACUAUUAUAAGGUAUGAAGUACCGUAUAGCGAGCAUUGCAGCUUUACGGAACUCAGAGAGUUUGUGAAGUUUGUGUCUCCUGAAAAAAUAAUACCAAGUGUAAAUAACGAUGGACCAGAAUCUGUUGACACCAUGGUUUCCCUGCUGCUGUCGUGACUGGUUAGACUAUAAACUGAAACAAGCAGCCGCGUAUGGUUCAAAUAACAUGCCCUUGAAGAAGAAGAAAAAGAAAGGGCAGUUGGUCUCCACAUUCUUCUGUAUGAUAUUUUGUAUCUGCCAGGACGCUGAAUUUGCAUAAACAAAAUCAGUUAAUACAAUCUUGAAAGGUGAAGUAGCAUGUAUUAGAUGCAUGAGAUGAUAGGCUUAGUCAUUCUUUAAUGAUAUGAAAUUACAGCAAUUAUCAAAUUUAUGUAUUUAAUGGAAGCUUACUGCGUA